UUGAUGUGCCGCUGCUACUGCUGCUGUGUUUCUGAAUUCUGAUUUCUGUUCACAUUUCGUUGUCUUUCCUCUCUCCGGCGAUCAUGGCUACGUUCUUCAGAAGACUUGCUAAGGCUGCUCCAGCUCUACACUACAAUGCAUGUGGAGGCCAGUCAAAGUUCCAGUCCUCUAAGUUCAGAUUCCCCAUUGGAGCGAUCGCUGCAGUUUCUGGUGGAAUCUCGUAUCUGUAUUACGUUUCGUCUCCAGAUUUGGUUCAUCUAGAUCAAAGCAAUGAAGAAGGAAGCCCAAAAGUUGCUCUCAAUGCAAACAAGUGGAUCGAAUUCAAGCUGCAAGACACUGCCCGGGUUACUCAUGAUACUCAGUUAUUCAGAUUUUCAUUUGAUCCUACUAAAAAAUUGGGGCUAGAUACCGCUUCAUGCCUCCUUACAAGAGCUCCAAGUGGGCAAGAUGCUGAGGGGAAAAUAAAAUAUGUUGUGCGCCCGUAUACACCUAUAUCAGAUUCAGAUGCAAAGGGAUACUUUGAUCUACUAAUUAAGGUAUAUCCUCAAGGAAAAAUGAGUCAGCAUUUUGCUAGCUUGAAACCCGGGGAUGUAGUUGAAGUGAAAGGCCCCAUUGAAAAAAUCAGAUACUCUCCAAAUAUGAAGAAACACAUUGGCAUGAUUGCUGGUGGCACAGGAAUUACUCCAAUGCUUCAGGUCAUUGAUGCUAUUCUAAAAAAUCCAGAUGACAAUACCCAGGUCUCACUGCUUUAUGGGAAUGUGUCUCCUGAUGACAUUUUGCUUAAACAGAAACUUGACUUACUUGCUGCUAGCCACCCAAAUUUGAAGAUAUUUUACACGGUUGAUAAUCCAUCAAAGAACUGGAAGGGUGGGCAGGGAUACAUAUCAAAGGAUAUGGCCGUCAAAGGCUUACCAGCCCCUGGGAAUGACACACAAAUCCUCGUAUGCGGUCCACCAGGGAUGAUGAAACACAUAUCUGGGGAGAAGGCUAAAGAUUACUCACAGGGAGAGCUUUCUGGCAUACUUAAGGAACUUGGAUAUACUGAGGAAAUGGUUUACAAAUUUUGAGAAGAUUGGCACAAAAUUUUGAGCUGUCGACGUUUAAACUUUAUGUGAGGAAGUAUUUUCUGAAGCGUAGGUAGAUUUGACCAAAAUUUCAAAUCAAAAUAAUUUAUAAGGUAAUGGCAUUAGAUAAAUUAAUCUUGUGAAGGCCAGUUUAUGUUGGCUUUUUUUUCUUUUUCUUGAAAUGUAUAACACGUAGCUCUAGCUGUUUGUUCCAUGUCAUGAAGUCUGAGUAAAAUAGCAUAUCAGCCGUGGCUAUGAGCACUGCCUCUGGAUAAAUGGGUCGGCGUCUUCUCUAAUUCCUAGGGAAAUAAUAGUACAACUGCUUCUCCACAAGUGGUUCGUAUCUUGUACAUUUAACAAUUUUCAAUUGAAGACGUGUUUAAAUUUGAUUUAUAUGA